UAACAAGCAUAGUUUUUUAUGAUCACAAAAUAGGGUAGACAAAACAGAUAUUUCAAAUAUUCAAGCCGUCGCCGUCCAAGUUCAUAAACAAAAGUUUUUUACCCUCUUGUUUCUUUUCUCUGAAAAUAAAAAAAAUAAUUAAGCAUCUAAUUGGUUGUGUAACUCUGUUAUAAGAAUGAGUAAAAGAAGAUUAAAGCCGAAUGCUGAUCCGCGAGAUUCUAGGGAAGAUCCACCAAUGAGUCGUUUGUUUAUAGUCUGCAGCAAGAACAAUACAGAAGAAGAUUUUAGAAAUGCAUUUCAAAAGUUUGGCCGAAUUGAAGAAAUCAGAAUUUUAAAAGAUAGAGAUGGUUCUAGUAAAGGAGUUGUAUACGUAAAAUUUUCUAAGACAUCUGAAGCUGCCUUAGCUUGUGAAUCAAUGAAUGGUGAAGUUAUUGGUGAUAGCCCAAGGCCAAUAAAAGUUUUAAUUGCUGCAAGUCGCCAACUAGGAUCAGCUUCUUCCAAAAACAGGGAAGAUGAGAAAGCACAACGGCUCUUUAUCAUCACUCCAAAGGAGUUUACAGAAGAUAUACUUUAUGAACAGUUUAGUAAAUAUGGUCCGAUUGAUGAUGUUACAAUCGUUAGAGAUCGCAAAACACGGGACGGAAAACAAUUUGCAUAUAUCAAGUUUUUAAAAUUCAGUUCCGCUGCAUUAGCUUUUGAAAACUGUGAUGAAAAAUAUAAAGCAGUGUUUGCAGAACCUAAACCCUUUCGUUCUCCGUCACAAGAGAGUGGAAGCAACUUUACAUUAGAUGAUCGCAAUGAUCGUCAUUCGGCAUCUCUAAAUCUAUUAUUAAGCGCAGCUCCUUUAAAUGAACUAUCAGGAAGUAAUGAUUGUGUGCUUCAUGUUAUUUGUGGUCCAAUGGUGACACACGAUCAGCUUUGGAGAUUAUUUGAUAUUGUGCCCAAUCUUGACUUUUGUAAAAUGAACAACGAAUUAGAAGUUUCCAACAGUGCCACUGUCGUAUAUAAGACACCGCAGGCAGCUUUACACGCACGACAAAAGCUUCACGGAUUUGAAUAUCCCCCUGGAGAGAGAUUAAUCGUGAAGUUAAGCUCUGAAUUGAAAAAUUUUCCUCUACUCGAGGGCCCAUCUCAAAUGUUAGUUGAGAAUAAUGUCAGCACAAAUUUUUGUUCUGUUAACUUGCCACCAGUUCAACCUUUCUCCAAGGAAACUUAUUGCGCCCAGCGUUGUUUUAUUGUAUGUUCGCCUCAUGUUCUGCCAAUUCAUAUCUUAAAACAAGUCUUCUGUCGAUUCGGAAACUUAAUCGAUGUAUACCUGUUGAAUAAUCGUAAUUGUGGAUAUGUUAAAUACGCAACAGUUGAAAGUGCUAAGCAGGCCAAUUUAUUAUUCAAUGCGGAAAAAGAGGAAAAUUAUGGAAAUCCUCUUUACUCACCCGAAGCAUCAAAAGUGCUGAAAAUUGAGUGGAAAAUGAAAAAGGGAAUCUAUGAUUCAUCCUUGUAUUUUGAAAGUGUCCAAUCGAUCAAUGUAAAUAGCAAACAUGCUUUACAUACUAAUAAGAGAUUCUACUCGAAUGGCAUGGCGCUUCUACCGGAUACUGAUACAACAUUAGACCAAGAAGAAGACGAUGAAGACGACGACGACGACGCUAAAAGCGAAAGUGACUACUCAAAUGAAUAUGAUCAAGGGUCAAGUGGAAUUGACAUUUUUGGUCAUCCCGAUGACUUUGACAGAAAUAAUGCAUUACCAUUCUUCCAUAAAGUACCGGAAAAUGCUUACAUUAUGAAGAAUCGUCAAGCUAUUUUAAAAUGCAAAGCAACGAACGCGCUUGAUCUGGUUUUUCAAUGUGUUAACGACACAAAAACUAACCCACCCACGAAACAAGAAUCACACGUGAAUCCACAAAGCGGCGUUCGAACAUUAGAAGCAACAGCAGAAAUCUCACUUGCAUAUUUUGAGCAGUUCUUCGUCACGCCAUUUCAAUGUGAAUGCAUUGCGCGAAAUUCGGGUGGAGAAGUUAAAAGUCGUCCCGCAACGAUUGUUCUUGCUCAUCUUGAAAAGAAUUUCAUUUUGUCACCGCCAAGUGCGAGAAUAGAACCGGGAUCACCCUUGGAAAUAAAGUGUACACUUCCAAAUGCUUUGCCGCCAGCUGUUCGAUCUUGGCUCAAAAACAACCAAAAAAUUGAACAAUCAUCUUCGAUUACCAUUACUCAAGAUGGAAGUUUGAUCAUUCAUUCAGCAAAAGUACAAGAUUCCGGAAACUAUUCUUGUGUCGCAAAGAAUAUCGUAGGGAAACGAGUUUCGUAUCCCGUUCCAGUGAUUGUGCGAAGUGAAAAGCGUUGGAGCGAAUGGUCAUCAUGUAACUCAGAUUGCCUCAAAUUUCGUCAUCGUAAUUGUAAUUCAAGAUCACCUGAUGAUUGUCAAGGAAAAGAAGUAGAAACAGCUGAAUGUCGAGACGGAAGUUGUGAAGAGAAAAUUAAUUCAGAUAAUUCAGAUCGCGUCAUUUAUUUUUCAUUAAUCAUCGUGUCAGUUCUAUGCGUCGUACUGGCAGCACUUUUUGCUCAUUCGAAACGAAAAAAGCCUGAAAUUCCUGAUUACAUUGUUACUGAUAACGAAAUUUUAGAAAUUCAAACAAAGAAUUAUGAGGGUGAGAAACGUUACAGACAGCAAUUGCAACCAAUGAAGAAAUCAUCAUACACUUAUGAGUACAAUACGAUGGCACCCGACCAUUAUAUUCCACCACCAACCUUUCCCAAAACAAUACCAGCGAACUUUCAUCAUGAGAAUCAUUACCACGAACCCCAACUUGCCAUCACAUACUCAGUUCCCUUCGAUAAGAUAAGCAGCAAAAUAUCAAACUCAAAUACAUCGUCAACAAGAAAACUCCAAUCAGACACAAUUUCAAGCAGCACAGAAUCAUUGAAUUCAACUCAGGUCAUUGAAAUGGAAUCGUCAUCAACAACGUCGUUGAUGAAUGAUAAAAAUCCACCAAAGUCAAAUAUGAUUGAACAGAUGGUGACAUCAAACGGUGGUUGGUUGGAGCUUGAACAUUUGGAAACAUCGCUGUCAAUUCCUGAAUUGACAUUUGAACGUACGAGAAAAUAUAACAUAUUUCUCACAGUCUUACACAACGAAUUUAUAAAAAAUCAAAUAACGUGCAACUUCAACGAUAACUCAACACAUUUGAGUUCUAUCAUUUAUUGCGGCCCAUCUGAUGUGCUACUUAAUAAGCCAGUAAUUUUAAAAUUUCCUCACUGUGCCAAUCAUUAUGAGAAUUGGACAAUAUCGUUGCUUCAUAAUAAUUGUGCAAAUGAUAGUCAAAAAGCUUACAUCGAUAUGGAUGAUGAGAAGGAUAAGUGGAAAAGAAUAGCGUCAACCAAUAACGACGUCAUCAAUCCACUUGCCUUUAUUCAGCUUGAUUCAAAGAACGCCUUCAUCAUUUCGAGAGUACUUGGGAAGCUUCUGCUUGUUGGUGAAAGUAAAUCACCUGAAAUAGCUGUCGAAAAGCGUAUGAAGAUCGCUCUUUUCGGACCGAAGCAUAAAAUGCCAGCCGGUGAUUUUAAUGUGAGAAUUUACAUCGUUGAAGACUACCGCAGUUCGAUUGACUAUUGCACGAUCAUUGAGAAGAAUCUCGGCAACGAUUUGCUGAUGUUGAGUAAAGAUUUUCUUUUUAAGAAUAACAAGGAGGAUUUAUGGGUGCAGCUGGUGUGUUCGGGCGGUUGGGUGACUAGAAAUGAAUCUCAGAAAAUUCCCUACUCGCAUUUAUGGAAGAACUCGUAUUUACUUCAUUGUGAUUUUUUACUCGAAAAAAGCAACUACAACGUUAAUAAGCUAAACAUGGAAAUUUUCGUUAAACAAAAGCAUGGUGACGAUAUUUUCCUCAAUAAUCUUUUGUUAUAUACUUAAAGAACAAAUUAUUUGAGUUUAUCUUCUUUUUCUCUCUUUUUUGAAAUUUUUUUUUCAUCAAUUGCUGCUUGUUUUUAUUUAAGCAAUCAAAACAUUUUUCUGGGUUUUAAAUAUGCAUAUAUGAUGUCUCGAAUAUAAAAGCUUAGACUCAUUGCUACAUUGUUUCGAGUCUCUAAAUUAAAAUCAAAUUUUCAAUGAAAAGUUUGUGACAGAAAUUAUACAGAAACCCUUAUACAGAGACCUUUUUAUUUCAAAUUAUAUUAAUUUGACAUGAGUUUCAUAACAUAACAAAUAUUAAGUGACAGACGAAAAGAAAAAAACUAUGAGCAGAUUAUUUUUAUGAAAAAUAAAUGUUUAUGAGAUGAUGUUCAUCUGUCGUGGCCUACAUCUCGCGCUAUCGACAUCGUGAUAUCGACCAAAAAACCUUUUGACAUCGCAUGGAGCGAAGAAUAGUAACGAAACAUUUUUCUUAUUAUAAUUUUCCAUCUUCAUCUUAUAAAUUAAAAAACAUUAAUCUAUUUUAAAAUAUGUCGAAUAGUGUACAUUUAACCACUUAACAAAGUUGAACACACAUAAAAUCUGAGUUUAUAAUGGAUUGGCGUUUAAUGAUCGUGUAGCAUGGUGUAUAGAUCUUGAGAAAAUAUCAACUUAAGUAUUUAGAUAUCUUCGGAGGAAGAAAAACAAAUAAAUAGUGAUUUCCCGACUUUCAGAAUUUUCCCAUUUUUCUUGACAAAAGUAGAACAUUUGUAUUUAUUCUUCAUUCUCUACUUAAAAAAGUAAAAACAAACCAUAGAAUGAUAUUUAUACAAAUCAAUUUAGAAUCAUUUACCCCCCAGUGAAACAAUGACGUUGAGAUGAUGAAAUGAAUGUAACGAUGUAAGUAGUGAAACGGGUUUUUAAAAUUCCCUCUUUUAACUAAAUAUCUUAAUACUUUUGUCGUGAGAAAAUUAAGAAAAUUAAGGAAAAUAUUCAACAAAUGUUGUAAAUCACUCGAGUAGAUUUUUUUUCUUCUUUUUUUCUUUCUCUUCGAAGGGGAAAAGGGUUGUCGUAGGUAGUCCAAGUUGCUCCCCAGUUUAUACACAUAAAUAUAUUUGUAGUGCCAAAAAAUACUUUAUAGAAACUUAUAUACGUUUUAUAUGAAAAUGAUUAAAUAGAUUACAUGACGAAAAAGAUGAUAAAAGUGAAAGAAAAUUUGUCAGAAACAUUGAAUAGUUAUUUAUUUUAAGAUUAGACAAUAAAGAGAAUUUUUUUACACA